CGCCAUCACUUUUUUAAAGGACAGAGUGGUACAAACUCCCAGGCUGUGGGGAGUCAACUGAGCGGUCAUUUCGGAUUGGAAUCUUGCAAAAUAUAGCCUCUCACCCCACAGAAGGACAACAACCGCCUGGAUCAUAAAGAAACAACGUCGACGUAAUUGUUUGUUUUUUUACUUAUGUGGAACGAAAAACCCUGCACUUUGAAAACCUAAAGCGGAAGCCUGCAAUUGCAAGAGGACGUGCUGUAAUUUUCCAUGGUCCAAAACCUCAUCCCGUUUCAGGAAGGAUAUUCAUUUGAGCCACGACAACCCAAUCUUCACUGAAUACUGCUGCCUUGGUGGCUUUUGCAGUUUUGCCUGGGGCAAUAACUACUCCUGAAAGAAGAAUCUACUAGUCACUGAAGCAGCUAUGCAGCUUGAAAUUCAAGUAGCACUCAACUUUAUUAUUUCCUAUUUAUACAACAAACUCCCCCGACGACGUGUGAAUAUCUUUGGCGAAGAGCUCGAGAGCCAGCUGAGGAAAAAAUAUGAAGGCCACUGGUAUCCAGAUAAGCCAUACAAGGGUUCGGGGUACAGGUGCAUCCACGUAGGGGAGAAAGUGGAUCCUGUGGUGGAGAAGGCAGCCAAAGAGAGCGGGCUGGACAUUGAAGAUGUCCGGAAUAACCUCCCUCAGGACCUUAGCGUGUGGAUUGAUCCGUUUGAGGUUUCUUACCAGAUCGGAGAGAAGGGACCGGUCAAGGUGCUAUAUGUGGAUGAUAACGGUGAGAAUGGCUCAGAACUGGACAAAGAGAUCAAGAACAGUUUUAAUCCUGAGGCCCAAGUCUUUAUGCCAAUCACUGAGCCCGUCGGGCCUUCCUCGGAAUCCAGCUCCCCUUCCCCACCUUUUGGGCAGUCGGCUGCCGUCAGCCCCUCGUUCAUGCCACGUUCCACCCAGCCUCUGACCUUCACCACUGCCACCUUUGCCGCCACCAAAUUCGGAUCCACCAAGAUGAAGAGCGGCGGCCGCAGCAACAACGCCCCAGGCGGCAGUAGCAACAAGGUGGCUCGCUCGUCCCCCGUCAGCCACCUGGGUCUGAAUGUCAACACCCUCCUUAAGCAGAAAGCCAUUUCCACCUCCAUGCACUCACUGUACGGGCUGGGCCUGGGGCAGCAGCAGCAGAAGGCCUCUGCUCUCUCCCCCAACGCCAAGGAGUUUGUGUUCCCCAACCUCCAGGGUCAGACCAGCCCCGGAGCUGUGUUCCCCAGCGAAGGUUCCCUGGGGCUUGGACCUGCACCGUACAACAAUGCCUUUGACGUGUUCGCGGCCUACGGAAGCCUCAACGACAAGUCACUCACGGACGGCCUCAACUUCGGUCUGAGCAACAUGCAGUAUUCUAACCAGCAAUUCCAGCCUGUCAUGGCAAACUAAACUCAUCACAAAGAUGUUUAUUUAUGAAUGACGGUGGCUUGGGAGAAGACAACAUAAUGCACACUCUAGAACCUGAUAGCGUCUGGUCCAUCAAGCGCAUGUGCCCAAGGGUGUUUUUUUUUUGUUUUUUUUACUGGAACCCCUUGAGUUUGUUUCUAUCAAAAGCUUGUACAAACACAUCCAAGCUUGGUAAACUUCGAUUCAUCAUGCAUUGUUUUCUUUUUGCCAACCAAGCACAAUUUUUUUUUUUUUUUUUUUUUUUUUUUUUACUGACUUGAAAGAAAUACUAAAACGUUGGAGAAAAAAAGAAAAAAAAGUUUUGGCCUCUUACAGUAUUUUACAGGUGGUAAGACAAGGCUAAUUUUUUUAAUGAAUUGGCACUAAGUGGGGUUACUUGGUCUUUUUCUAAUGGUAUAAUUUAAUUUAGUACAGAGUUUGUAAGAUACCAGAGUAUAUAUUGUUUCUAUGACAUGGUGUUGCAUUUAUAUCUUUUUACUACUCCAGUGAUCUGUGAUGGCUGCAGCAGCUUUUCCUUAUUUUUCUUUUUUUAAAAGAUAAUUGUUGAAUAAAUCCAUCUUUAAAAAAAAAAAAAAAA